AUGGCUGAGAACGGAGGCCUCAUGCCGGAUGAUGGACCCUCUCCUCCUCUUGCCAAGAAGGUCUGCACCGGAGAAGCAUCGUCCUCCGCGCAGCCUGUACCUAUUCAGCAGCCCGAACCUGACGCCAGGUUUGACGGCAUUCCUGACAUCACGUUCAACGCGGCGGAAGCAAGUUCCAUGCCGCAAAUGUCGUUGAAUGGUCCACACCAAUGGCUGCGCCGCAAACGCGGUAUAGUGGGUGUUGUUGAUUAUACGCUCGUUCGUGACACCAUUACGCUUGUAACGAUCAUGUUCCCUGACAAUCUUGCCGAGCAUCACCGCAGCAAGAUCGUGAACCGUGUGCGCCUCGGCUUGCGAGCAUCGCAGUUCCUCCACUCCGGCCUUGUUCCCCAUUUUGAGUCAUCAGCGGGAGAGACCCUGCGCUUGCCACGCCGCUCUUACGCAUGUCACAUCCUCCAGCUGUUGACGCGUGAUGACACAAGGGAUUCGGCAGCUGCUCACUACUAG